AUGGCAGCCCCGAAUGAUACCAAAGACGCCAUCGCACAAGUUGAGCAAACGCCCUUACCCACCACCACCCCUCGCAAUGUCGACACAGCCGCUAAAUUCCUCGCCAACGCGCACGUCGAAAAUACAUCCUUCUCCUACGAAGAAGAGCGUGCUGUCCUGAAGCGCAUUGAUUAUCGCGUCCUUCCCCUCCUCCUCGGCGCAUACUUCUUCCAACAACUUGACAAAUCCUCUCUCUCAUACGUCUCCAUCUUCGGCAUCCAGAAAGAUGCCCAUCUCGUCGGACGGCAAUACUCGUGGCUCGGGUCGAUCUUGUACCUUGCACAACUUGUCAUGCAGCCCUUGGCUGCGUUUAUAUUGGUCAAGUUGCCAACGGGCAAGGUCAUUGCCGUCGCUAUUUUCCUUUGGGGAAGUAGUCUUGCAAUCAUGUCUGCUUGCACAAACUUCCCAAGCUUGCUCGGGCUACGCUUUGUAUUGGGCAGCUUCGAGGCUAUGAUUGCGCCUGCUUGUGUCGCUACCACUACAAUGUGGUGGCGCCGCUCUGAGCAGACACUUCGUACUGCCUACUGGAAUGCAAUGAAUGGCGUAACAUUUAUCGUCGGCUCCCUGUUCACCUAUGGUCUAGGACAUAUCGAAAGCGAUGCGAUGCACAAGUACCAAAUCAUUUUCCUUUUCUGUGGUCUCCUGACCGUCGUAUACGCCAUCGUCGUUCUGAUACUUUUUCCUGAUUCGCCCAUGAAGGCAAAGUACCUGACCGAACGGGAAAAAAUCAUCGCCGUAGAGCGACUGCGGGCCAAUCAAAUGGGUAUCCAGUCUGGCCAUUGGCGGUGGGACCAAGUGUGGGAGACUCUCCUAGACUUCAAGACGUGGUGUUGGUUUGUUGCCAUCCUUGCAAUCUCGAUCGCAAGCGGCGGCAUCUCCACCUUUGGCAACCUCAUCAUCAAAGACUUCGGCUACACGAACUUUGAAGCCAUCCUCUUCAACAUCCCCUUUGGCGUCAUCCAAGUCGUAGCAAUACUUGGUUCCAGCUGGGGUGCAACAAAAUUCAAGCGCAAAGGCCUCGCCAUCGCACUCGUCGCAAUCCUCCCGAUAAUCGGCUCAAUCAUGAUGCUGACCGUGCCUCGAAAGCACAAGGGUGUCUUGCUCUUCGGGUACUACCUCGUCUCGUGCCUCGCGGCCAUCACGCCGAUCAUCUACACAUGGCAUGUGCAAAACACAGCGGGUGACACAAAGAAAAAAUGCACCUCCGCCAUGGUUUUCAUCGGAAUGUGCACUGGCAAUGUCAUCGGCCCGCUUCUCUAUUCUCUCGAUGACGCACCGCUGUACCGGCCGGGCCUCAUUAGCAACCUUGCCAUGUUCAUCCUCGUUGCCAUCAUUGCCUUGCUCAUCCCGAUGUAUCUGGCGCUGUUAAACAAGAGGCACGCAAAGAGGCGGGAAGAGCUUGGCAAGAGUGCUGUGAAGGUGGAUGAGAGUAUGUUGAAGAAAGACGAAAUAAGCACAGCGAAGGAUGUAGAGCUUGAAGAGGGAGGUGGAGAGCAGAGACAGGUUCAGGACAAUGGAUUUUCAGAUCUGACAGACUUGGGAAAUGAGGACUUCAUCUUCGUGUACUAG